AAAAAAAAGACAUGGUGAGAAUUGAGAUACUUCAACUCAUAUAUAAAUGACCACACCAUUACUUGAACUAGGGUUUGAUCUCAUACUCACCAUCACCCCACGAUAUAUUGAAAUGAUCGUCGAUCUCAUUCCAAUUCCAAUAAUCGGGCAAAUCCAACGGCCCAUUGCUAGAGCUCGGCAUAUAACCCACACUCGUGAUACUCGAUUCUUCAAUCAAAUCAAGAUUUCCUUGAUCAUAUGGGCCACCAAAUACAUUAAACGAGUCACGAUAAUAAGAGAUGGGAUUCAAAGACGUACCCAUUUCGAAAGCGCUCAAACUCGACAGCUGGAACUGAGAAUUCAAACCCGAAGAACAACGGUUGACGUGCUUUUCUUAUUCCCGCCGGAAAUCUUAGGCCGUUUGUUUUUCCGGCCGCCGCCAACCGGAACGUUCCGGAGGGUUCCGCCUUUAGUCCAGUGCCUCUUGCAUGACUUGCACAAAUGGCGAGGCUGA